AAACGUCGAUCGUGACGGCGGCCAUCCGAAUCGUAAUGAGAUCGCAGCGAGGGGCCUGAUCGCGCGCGAGGAGGCAUCACACGAGUAAUCGCGAAGCGACCGAGCGACGGCGGGACGAUAACGAUGGGUUCCUUGCCGAAUCUUCACGAGCUGACCAAGGACAAGCUGGGGAGCCCGGUGUACAAGCCAGCGCCGAUCGGCGGUCUUGGCCCGAAGCGAUUGCCGCCGCAGCCACCGCCGCUGGCGCACACGCAUAAACGCGCGAGAAGUAGCGGGCAUCAUCAUUCCACCCUGUGCGACAACGAUGCCAUGUUGGAGCACAUGGCGGCAUACUCGCCGAUCUCCUGCCGGUCGACGCGCACCUCGGCGCUGUCGUGGAGGCGUCGCGACUCGAUGAACUCGUCGGCGGGCGCGUCGUCGGUGCGCCGGCUUAUCGCGGCGGUUCGCGCGGCCCCGUCCGGGCCCAGGCCGCCACAUAAGUCCACGCUACGCCACAUCGUGGCCGUUGUGCUGAGCCACGCGAGCUGCUCGGCCGCCACGCUGCCCAUCUUCCCGCUGCAGGCGGGCCUGGGCGCGUUCGAGCCCCGCAUGGGCCCGGUGCUCCUCGCCUAUCUCUACAUGAUGGCAGCCGCCACCAGCUGCUUCGCGCCCAUCGUCGUGCAACGGCUCGGCGCGAAUCUCACGGUCACCGCGACCCACGUGGUCACUGCUAUCUUCGUCGGCGUGCAUCUGUAUCCUAAAUGGUACAUACUCGCGCCCAGCUAUGUGAUGCUAGGCUGCUGCGCCAGCUCGAGUUUCCUGGCGAGGACAUCGCACAUCAACGUGUGCGCGACCAGUCUGGCGUUGGACUGCGUCGAUCCAGAGGACCCCAACGAGACGCGGCGCGAAUGCCUGCUGCGAAGGCUCAAUCGGGUAAUCAAGCUAGCCGAGGACACCGGUCUGGCAAUCGGUUGCCUCAUCGCCGCGAUCCUCGUUAAGCUAACAGACCUGAUGCCGUCUAGCGUGAUGAUGAACAGCGAUGUUUGCGGAGCCGAGUACUGUUCGGAGGAGAUGUACUUUUACAACGAAUCACUCUACGUGCCGACCAUCACGUCGGGCACGUCGAGGAUCCUCGUCAGCAUUUGGCUCGGUCUGGCGGUGCUCGGUCUAGGCAUAUCCUGCGCGUUCCUCGACUCCAGGGUGCAGGAGCCCCACGCCAACCACGACCGCGCCAGCGUCAAGGAUAUCCUCAAAUCCGUGAAAUGCGCCUUUCAGGACCCGAAGCUUCAGCUCGCGGCGCCGCUCACGCUCUUCAUCGGGUUGGAACAGGGCUUCAUUUAUGCUGAUUUUGUGGAGGCAUACGUGGUAUGUGCCUUAGGCGGCGCCGGUACGGUGACCUUAAGCUUCGUGAGCCUGGCUCUGUUGCAAGCUGUGGCCGCCGGGACGCUCUCGAUGUUGCUCAGGCACAUUAAAAGGUACUUUGUCGUGGUCGUGGGCUUCGCUUUCCACGCCUGUCUUCUGCUCGUUCUGGUAACCUGGAGACCGACGGGAGACGAUCCGGCUCUCUUCCACGUCAUAUCAGCUGCCUGGGGAGUUUGUAAUUCCAUCUGGGAAACUCUGAUAUACACGCUGGUGAUGGGUCUGUAUCCGAACGCGUGGCAGGGACCGCUGUCGACGUCGCUCUUCUGGCGCUGGCUCGGCCUGACUCUCGCGCUCAGCUUGCACGGCGCGGUGUGCACCCGCUAUCGCGUGCUAGGCCUCGCCGUCACCCUGGUGCUGGCGGUGGUGCCGUACUUGUGGCUGGAGACCCGUCUCGCUCGCCGCGGCAAGACUCUGGCGCCCUUAUGACCAGGCGACUCGACCGCGAGCGAGCGCGGGUCCACCAGCGUCGAGACGGCGACGACGACCGAGAUCAGGCAUCGGGGGGACUGAGAACGAGCCGUUCCAUCCGGCACCGCGACGAGAUCGUGGACCGGAAUACCGAGACGAGGCAGCCGCA